AUGAGCGGCCUCUACCCGCAGGUCGCCGAGCUCGAGGCGCAGAACGCGGCCCUCGGCGGGAAGGCCGGGGGCUACAGCGACGAGCGGGGCCCGCUCGUCGCCGAGGCGCGGCUCCAGGUCGCCAGCGACGACGGCCGCUGCGCCGGCGAGCUCCACAAGAAGGGCGGCACGCGCAGCGGCCUGCUCAACCGGCACAACUGGUCCCUGCGCACGUUCUGGGUGCGCACGGAGCUCGCGGACGGCGAGAACUACGAGCUGCUCUACUUCAAGGGCGGCCCCGACUACGCCAAGGGCGCCGCCGCGCUCCGGAAGGCCGCCAAGGGCAGCCUGCCGCUCGCGGGCUGCACCGUCGUCGAGGCGUCGACGGGCCACCGGUCCAAGGGCGUCGGCUUCGAGUUCCAGCUCUUCGGCGCGCGGAGCGGCGCCUUCGAGAUGUACGCCGAGACCCUCGAGGCGCGGAGCCGCUGGUGCGAGACGCUCCGGUACGUCAUCUCCGUCGCGAACGCGCGCGCGCGCUGGCUCCAGGGCGAGCGGUCCGCGUCCCUGGGCCUCGCGGCGCAGCUCGGCGGCCUCGAGGCCGAGCCGUCGACGGCGGCGCUCGCGGGCGCGGUCAAGGUCAAGGCGAAGAAGGACAAGGCGGGCACGCUCUUCGCCGGGAAGAAGACCAACUACUCCGCGGCGGCGACGACCUUCCAGCCCGCGGCGGACCCCCGCGACGACUCGGACGACGACGACUACGCAGCCGGAGCUCCGGCGGCGCCCGACCUCGGCGACGGCGCGACCUGCGCCCUGCGCGUCGAGGUCGACGCCGACGCCUACCCGCCCCAGUCCGCGGCGCGCGCCGAGUUCCUCGACGCGUUCGCGCGCGACGUCGCGGAGGCGCUCGACGACGACGAUUUCUCGUACGACGGCGAGGCGGAGCCGCUGCGCGUCGCGCCGGCGGACGUGCGCGUGCUCGGCCUCGCGCCGGCGCCGGAGCUCGACUGGAUGUGCCUCGUCGAGUUCGAGCUCUUCCCCGGCGGCGGCGGCGGCGACGAGAAAGCGUACGAGGCGGCCGACCGCGCGGCGACGCGCGGCGCCGCGGUCCGCAAGCUCGCGGCGCUCGUCAAGGACGCGGACUCGCCGCUCUACGAGGGCGACGUGGCGUGCUUCGUCGACCGCGACUUCACGGCCGGGCUCUUCGGGGUCGAGGAGGCGGCGCCCGCGAAGGCCGAGGCGCCGCCGUCGCCGGACCCCGCGGUCGCCGCGGUGCUGGCCCGCUACGACGCGGCGCGCGCGCCGCCGUCCCGCGCGAAGCCGGGCUGCGUGCCGCCGCCCUUCGGGAGCGGGCGGAGCGGCGCGCGGCGCGACGACGUCACGUUCACGGUGUACGUGACCUACAAGGGCCUCCGGAAGCCGCUCCAGGUGCUCAACCCGACGAAGUGCCGCCGCGUCAAGUGCUGGGUCUGGCCCCACGACGUCCUGGCGGCCCUGGGCCUCGGCCGCGGCGUCGCGGGGCCCUGGACGGCCGCGCGCGCGCUCAAGCCGACGACGCUCGGCGGCCGGGCCGUCACGGCCGGGGCAGGACAAGAGAGCGAAAUUCCCAACUUCAAAGGCUCCUAUCUCGGCCGUUUUCCACUCGUCACGGCGCAGCUCGCGACGGAGAUCCCCUUCCUCGACGUCGGCCCGCCGGCGCCGCCGGGCAUCCCCCGGCUCAAAGCGCUCCAGGCGUCGCGGCUCCACGCGGGCAGCGACUACGAGCUGGUCGUGGACGACUCGCGCAUGGACGCGUUCGACCGCAUCUCGCCCAGCGAGCGCGCGGACCUCGAGGCGAAGCUCGCGGCCAUGCCCGGCGCCGUCGACGACGGCGCGCCCGCGGCGGACCUCGCGGCGGACUUCAAGGCGCGGUGCGCGGCGCACGCGGAGGCGCUCGACGCGAAGCUCGCGCGCCUCGUCGAGGACGGCGAGGAGGACGGCGAGGGCGGCGACGUGUCGCUCACGGACGCGGAGAUCGCCGCCGCCGAGGCGCUCCACAAGGCCCACGCGCGGCGCAUCAAGGACGCGGACCGCCGCUUCGCGGACCUCGUCGACCACGCGGCCGUGGCCGGCACGGUGUCGAAGAUGGACGCGGCGCUCCUCGAGGUCGCCUGGAUCCAGACGACCCUCGACCCGGCGAAGAUCAAGCUCUUCUAGGGAGCGCGGGGGUGUCUAAGGACGGCGCUCGGCGUC